GGGUUAUGAAAGUGGGCCAUACGGUAGGUGAUCCACGAACCCACGUCUUAUUCAAAACAAAAAUCAUUAUCCAAAACCCUAAUUUCUCCAACUCCACCAUCAAUCUUCCUAAAUCAAAACCCCUAAACACCUUCCCCUCAAUCCUUCCUCAUCCUCCAGCGACCGGCUAUCAUAUUAACAAAAAAUUAAUCGCUGUUCAACAUCGCUGCUACCAACUUCAAGCUAUGUGAACAUGUGAAGCAUCACACGUUGCUCUUCAAUUUUGCAUACUUCUACUAACCAAUUCUGCAGAUCCGGAUUAAACACAAACCAUUUCGACCCAUUCAGCGCUAUGAUGACCAUACGGAUGAUUAAAGUCGUGUGACCAUUCAGCACGUGGAGCGAAUUAGCGAGCUGCACAGAUAUCCCGAUACAAAAUCCUUGACUUUUGCAGACACACGCCUAAGGUUAAACGAGCUAAUGGGCUACACCCUUGAGCUCAAACCGUCUCAAAUUCCCCAUGAACAAGCGGGUCGAGGUUUAUUUGUAGAUGCAGAUGUUGGCUCAGUAAUAGCACUCUACCCGUAUCUUAUAACCCGUUACCGUAGGACCAUAAUUACCAUUACAUCCCUGGAUACUGAAGAGUCUAUGCACAAAACCUGUAUCUUAUAACCCGUUACGACAGGACUAUAAUUAACGGUCAAUUUCGGGGUACUGCUGGUGAAACUACUAAACAAUGUAGAGGAUAAAAAUAGAAUAAAGCAUGCGGAUAUUUGACAAUUGGUCACUAUGCUGGAGAUGUGCAAUAUCAGUUUGAACAGUUUAUUGACAAAGAAUAAAGAGUAUGUGGUUUUCGAACUGAGGAGGUUGUUUCUGGAAGUUCUGGGGAUAGUCUUGAAUGAUAUGUGGUGCCAUAAGCAAAAACCUUCAGGAUGCAGAUUUUGUGAACCCUUAACAAAUCCAUGUGCUGGUGUAAUAUUCAUUUUUUUCCUUUUUGAAGAAUUAAAUGGAAUAUGCAGUCUUUACAAGAUCAUGUGCUACGGAAGUUGGGCAAAUUGGAGAACCAACUAUAAGAGAAAUUGGUCAUGGUACACUUGCAACGGAUUGAAAGUUGAGCAAAAUCUAUUUUUACUAUGUAUACAAAUAAGUAUUUAGAGAUUUGUGAGUUAUAAUUGUAACUUGUCAUUUCUUAUUAUUGUAUGCAAUAUAUGUAAUUUCGGUCAUAAAAAGUAUGUAUGUUCAGAUUUAUGAAUUAUAUCGUUUUCCUUUAUAUAAUUCGUGUAUACACGGGUUUAUAACUUAGAA